CUCGAAGGUAACGAGGCAAAACCCUUUUUCCUCCUCCACUUCCCCUCAAUAACAAAAACCCUUCUCCUCCUCUUUGACGGCUGCACGGCCAAAUUCUAAACCCUAGAUUCCAUCUCUCUAGGGUUUCUAUCCCCUCACUCUCUCUCCUCUCUAGCUCCCAUCCACUGUUUUCCAAAGAAGGAUCUAUCAUUUCGAAAAUCUUGUCUCAUGGCUACCGUUGCUUCUUCCCCUGCUGAUCAAUCUGCUGAUAUGUUGCAGAACCUCUCCUUGGACUCUCAAGCAAAAGCAGCUUCAGAGAUUCCUGAGCCAAAGAAGAGUGAUGUUUAUCAGUAUGGAGGUGUUGAUUUAAAUAGUCAAGUUCCUUCACCAUUGCUUCCCAGUGAUGCCGUGGACCCUUCUGUUUGCUAUGUUCCAAAUGCUUACCAGCAACACUAUUAUUAUGGAGGAUAUGGGAGUGGUGACUGGAGUGAGUACACUGGUUACCAAACUCCUGAAGGUGUUGACAUGAACUCUGGUUAUGGCUACGCAGCGUAUCCUUACUCCCCAGCAACAAGUCCUGGUCCUCAGAUUGGUGGAGAUGGGCAACUGUAUGGAGCUCAGCAGUAUCAGUACCCUACCUUUUUCCCUACUGGACCUAUUGCUUCGAAUAUUGCUACCCCUACUCAGGGAGAUCUCACUGCAAACAAAGCUGGUGGUCUGAAGACGCUGCCUGCGGAAAGCAAGAAUGUUGCAUCUGCUGCUGGUAUGGCAAAAGGAAGCAAUGGAUCCGCUGCAGUGAAACCAAAUAACCAGACUGCAUUCAACAACACCUCAAGUUAUUUGUAUGGGAACGGUGCUUAUGCAGGGGGUUAUGAUGCUGGUUAUCAGGACGCUAGGUUUAACUAUGAUGGGUAUAAUGGUACUGUUACUGGCAGUGGAGUUGCAUCCUCCUAUUCCAAGGCAGACAGGAAUCAAAACUACCGCUCAAAUUCAAAUUACACGGCUGUGCACCAUGCUGCAUCAAUGGCAGGCUACGGUACAACUCAUGGAGUCUAUAACAGGAUGUAUCCGAGCAAGUUAUAUGGUAACUAUGGUAGCUCUGGGAGAUCUGGUAUGGGUUAUGGUUCUUCUGGGUAUGAUUCAAGAACAAAUGGUAGAGGAUGGGUGAGUACAACAGACAACAAAUACAGAGGUUGGGGCAGGGGUAACGGUAACUUUUAUGGAAAUGAGAACAACGGAGAUGGUCUUAAUGAACUUAACAGGGGACCUAGAGCUAAGGGAACAAACAACCAGAAAGGAAAUUCAGAAGAUAGCUUAGGGGUUAAGGAGCAGACAGGCGAGUCAAAUGUAACUGAGGCUGUGGAGACGGAGAACACAUGCAUUGUUCCUGAUAGAGAACAGUACAACAAAGAAGAUUUUCCAGUGGAUUAUGCAGAUGCUAUGUUCUUUAUCAUCAAAUCCUACAGUGAAGAUGAUGUGCACAAGAGCAUCAAGUAUAAUGUUUGGGCAAGCACACCAAAUGGAAACAAGAAGCUUGCUGCAGCAUACGAGGAAGCUCAGCAGAAGCCUGGCGGCUGUCCUAUCUUUCUCCUUUUCUCGGUCAAUGCAAGUGGGCAAUUUGUUGGGCUUGCUGAAAUGACAGGACCAGUUGAUUUCGACACAAAUGUGGAGUACUGGCAGCAAGACAAGUGGACAGGCUCUUUCCCUCUAAAGUGGCAUAUUGUGAAGGAUGUUCCAAACAGUUUACUGAAACAUAUUACCCUUGAGAACAAUGAGAACAAGCCUGUCACUAACUCCAGAGACACACAAGAGGUCAAGUUGGAGCAAGGUUUGAAGAUUGUGAAAAUUUUCAAGGAGCAUACUAGCAAGACUUGCAUUUUGGAUGACUUUUCCUUCUAUGAAGUUCGACAGAAGACUAUCUUAGAGAAGAAGGCCAAGCACCAGCAAGCCCAGAAACAGGUAAGUGAGGAGAAGACUACAACGAAUGAGGAAAAGGAAUCAGCACCUGCUGAUUCGGCUCAAACUGCCCAUGAUGUCAAGGUUGAUGAGAAUGGGUCAGUUCCUAAACCAGUUGGUGUGGUGGCAAAAGGUUGCUAG